AUCCCACAAUGCACCGCUCAUGUUUGACGAGCAGCCAGGGAGGCGAACGACAUAAAGAAGACUCGGGGAUCAAACAAAUUGCUUUUAUAAAAGUGUGAGGUCAUUAAUUAACAGGAAGCGAGACGAGCCUUGCUGUAGUUAUUGUACAGUUUUGUUAAAGGUGUGCUGCACAGAUGCCGCGGCGCUUCUUAGCAUCAGCUAGCCUGUUAGCUGGCGCUGACUGACGGUGCGAAGCUGCUGGGAAUAUCAGAAAGAGACAAAGGAGAUACUUGAUUUAAAUAACACUUUAAGGGUUUUUAGUGCGGUUGACAUUACUGUAAGGCUUGUUCGUGAGAAACUAAUAGUUGGUUUGUUGAGACUAGCUAACUUAACAAAGCCAUUGUUGGGUGGAUUUGGGCUGGCAUCUGUAAAUACUGACAUUAGCCAACAGCUAGACACACACAAUGAGCUCUGAAGAGGCUGCAGUGACCAAUAAAGCCACCCCGGAGGAUGAUGGCAUGACAUGGUGGUACCGAUGGCUCUGCAAAAUAGCAGGGGUUUUGGGAGGAAUAUCCUGUGCCAUCGCAGGAGUGUGGAACUGCGUCACUGUGAACCCUUUAAACAUUGCUGCUGGGGUGUGGAUGGUGUUGACUGCCUUUGUCCUCUUCCUGUGUGAAGUCCCCUUCUGUUGCCAGUUUGUGGAGUUUGCAAAUGCAGUCGCAGCCCGAGCAGACAAGCUCAGACCAUGGCAGAAAGCCCUUUUCUACUGCGGGUUGGCUUUGUUUCCCGUAGCCUUGAAGUUCUCCUUCACGACCUUGUUUGGUAACGCCAUCGCCUUUGCUACAGGGGUUUUGUACGGCCUCGCCUCCUUGGGCAAAAAGGGAGAUGCAGUGACUUAUGCCAGACUGCAGCAUAACAAACAAGGCGAUGAAGAGAGAAUGGCAGGAACAGCAAACGGUGCUCCAGAGUGAGGCAUCCAAACUCCGCCCUCUCUUAUUUCUAGUAUUUCAGUUUUUUUCUUUAGUUCCUGCCCUCCACCCAUCCAUCCAUUUUCUCUCACUAUCAUUUCUGUCACUACAACAAAGGAACUGAAUUCAUAUUUAAAUUGUGGUGUUCCUGUUACCCUGAACUAUUAAAAUUUCAGUCCAUGAUUUGGUACCUGGUGGGUAAAAAUCCACUCUCUUCUUCACUUUAUAUCCUAGAUUUUACAUUUUGUGAAUGUUUUACUGAGUUUGUAUUUAUUUAGUCCCUUUGUUAUGUGUUGCUGCAUUUGGUCGUAAACCAAUAAUGCAGGAAAAAAAAGGUUGUAGCCCCAGAACCUUUUUAGGAAAUCUGAGCAAAAACCAAUGUGAUUUCUUUUUUAAAAUGUAGAUGAUUAACUUCAGGUGAGUCAUGGCGACUGUGAGGCUGUGAUUCAGAGUUGUAUGACUUGGCAGGUAGAAGGGAGAUUCAAAUAAUAAAUCAUGUGGUUCAGAUUUAAGCGUCGCCACACCUAAAAUAUUGAAUUUGAUGCCAGCUUUUCAGUUUGUUUUAAACCUUAAACUAUUGCACACAAACCCACUCUUGAAUUCUUGUGUUUACAGCACAGUGGAAGCAGCCAAACAGAAAAAUAAAUCUAUUCAAGUCAAUUGAGGUCAUGGUGGAAACAGCUAUGAGAAAUGUUACAUUUAUAUGUGCGGCUGACAGUUUCUUUUUUUUAACUGCAUACAAAUCAAGAGCCAUUUGAACUGAGUGUGUAUUUGUUUUAACUAUUAUUAAUGUGACGAAAACUUACCAGGUUUCCAGUUGUGUACAAGUGACUUUUAGUAGAUGAGGCUUUUGAUUUUAGGAAUUUCCUUUGAUUCAUUAAACUGAUUCACACUUAGAGAUGUGUUAUUCGACUGGAAAACCCUCAGGCUAUGUGCCUAAGAGAUACAUCUAGAUGCAACAAGUCUUAAGAACAAAUACAAACUGUUUUGUUUUAUUAUUACACCCAUUGCAUACAACUCUGAACAGCAGCCUGAAUGUGUUCAUGAACAUUUAUGGGCAUUAGGGAUGUUUUUAGCAUGAGAGAAUGUAUCAGAAAUACCCAAAGAUUUAAAAAAAAGAAAAGAAAAAAGUCAUUUUGUUUUAUUUGUAUUUGGUUGAAGCGCUACUGGACUGAACAUUUGUCGUCAUUGAUAAAUUGGGGAUUUCUUUAAAAGCUUUCAGUGCAUGGGUCUGCUUGUUUACGUACGGUUGCUCAUGUUGGAGCAGCUGGUAGAGUUAUGGCUGCAGAUUUGUGGUGCGUUGUGUACUGGGAGAACUGGAAAGUGCGCUUACUUUAUCUACUGUCCUAUUUAAAAUGUGUUGGUACUUUUUUUUUUUUUUCAUUUUAAAAUAUGUAUUUUUUUGUGUUUAUUUUGAGUCUUAAUUGGUACAUUGCUCUACCAAAAUUCAUUCGAUUUUAAUGAGGGGAAGUGAGUUGAUUCAGGGACUAAUUGGUCUGUAUCCCACACAAUCAUCAGAGCCACAGCUUGCCUUUGUCAUUCAAAUGAGGUGAGCGGUGGUUUGCAGUAAACGGUUUGUGUUUAGUGUUGUUUUGUUGCCUUGCCUCUGUUGUAUUGUGGGUGAAAAGGAUGCUUUGGUGUAAUAAUUCUUUACACGUACCUCUUACAGCUGUUCCUAACUUACGUCUGUUACUGGCUGGUCAGUGACGGGGUGGAUUGUUCACACAGCACCCACCAGCUCUCAGGUGUCAUACUUGACGAUGCACAAUACUCAGAUACAGUUAAUACAGUGGUGUAUGUUUUCUGUUAAUCAGCAUGACUCUCUGAGCCAAUGGAAAAACAUUUAUAAAGCAUUUAAACAUUCACAACCAGUGCUCACAAAAGGUUAAACACUAAGUCAAAGCCAGCAAUAUGCUACAGUCUGACACCCUCACACACACGAUUGUAACACAAGAUGUCAAAACACUUGUUUCUUUUUGUCCAUCCACCUGUUUGGUUUUAAUUUAACUGCAGUGAUGUGCUUAAAAAUUGUUGAUGUUCAUGUGCAGGUGUGUCUUCUGCUGUGAGGGUUAUGUGUAUAAUGUGUGUUCUGACGUGAAUCAUCCUCCUGAUAUGAAUUGGUGAAUUAAACAAAUCUGCUACUACUA